AUCACAAGAGAGAUUCCUCCACAAAAGCCUGAGCGGUCUCCAAAAAGAUCUUUACCAUGAGACAGUCCCUCAUGUCCGUCAUCCUUGCCGCUGCGCUCUUGCUGCACUCUUCUUCUGCGUCACCCGUGGGCCUGGCAGAAGACAGCUCCUUGGAACAGGACACCUUCACCUCCCUGCUGAGCGAGGAGGUGACGGACAACGGCCGGGGCGAGACAGGUCCUGUCACUGAUGGCAAAACCAGAGGGUCGAAGGUCAUCGUCGUUGCUGAUCCGAGUCUCUGGCGGGAACUGCAAGUGCUGCGCAACGUCAUGCCCCUCUACAAGCGGCGAGCUGAUGAUUCAAGCCAGACCAGCGAACACAGAAACGCUGGCCAGGACCUGAACCUCCCCAUCCUGAGGCGGGACACCAUGAGGUGCAUGGUGGGACGAGUGUACCGGCCAUGUUGGGAAGUCUAGGACAAUUUGCUUGUCAAGGUGCCCAAACAGAGGUGCGCGACCACAUCUUUUGUUACCUUGUCCUGAACAGUAAUACAUCCUAGAAUUCUGU